AGUUGUGGAAACUAUGAGAACUCUACCACUGCCUAACGCUCAUCAUAUUUCCCUUAUAAUCAUGCAAUUUUUGUUUUCUUCUUUAUAGAUUAGAGAGAGAGAGAGAACACUUGGCUCCAUCCCAACUCCAAUCAUUCACUUAUUUUAUAAACCCUUUUGAGAGCUAAAAUAGUAUCAACUUCUUUCUGUCAGAAAAUGGUUUUAGUAGCCAACCAUGGCGACGAGGAUGGAGCACACCAUGACACUGCUGUGGAUUUUCAUGGAAAUCCUGCAGACAAGUCCAAAACUGGAGGAUGGCUUGCUGCAGGGCUAAUUUUGGGGACUGAGCUUUCUGAGAGGAUAUGUGUGAUGGGGAUAUCAAUGAAUUUAGUGACAUACUUGGUAGGAGAUCUGCAUAUUUCUUCUGCAAAAUCUGCAACCAUUGUCACCAACUUCAUGGGUACUCUCAACCUCCUUGGCUUGCUUGGGGGUUUCUUGGCAGAUGCUAAACUUGGUCGGUAUUUGACAGUGGUAAUCUUUUCAUCCAUAACUGCUGUGGGAGUAACUCUGUUAACACUUGCUACAACCAUCUCUAGCAUGAGACCUCCACCGUGUGACGACUACAGGAGACAGCAUCAUCAGUGUAUUGAAGCCGAUGGCAGGCAAAUGGCUUUGCUAUAUGCAGCACUGUAUACCAUAGCACUUGGUGGUGGUGGAAUCAAGUCCAACGUGUCAGGGUUCGGAUCUGAUCAAUUCGACUCGACAGACCCCAAGGAGGAGAAGGCCAUGAUUUUCUUCUUCAAUAGAUUCUACUUCUGCAUCAGCAUUGGGUCCUUGUUUGCAGUAAUAGUGCUGGUAUACGUACAAGAUAAUGUGGGAAGAGGGUGGGGAUAUGGAACAUCCGCAGGGACAAUGGUAAUUGCUGUAGCUAUAUUGCUUUGUGGGACACCAUGGUACCGUUUCAAGAGGCCUCAAGGCAGCCCUUUAACGGUAAUAUGGAGGGUCUUAUUCUUGUCUUGGAGAAAGAGGAAUCAUCCCUACCCUUCUCAUCCCAGCCUCUUGAAUGAUUACCACAAUUCCAAGGUCCCCCACACUGAGAAGUUCAAAUUUCUCGACAAGGCUUCAAUUAUAGAUGAUCACGCCUCUGCUGGAGGAAACAAAAACAACCCUUGGAUAGUGUCCACUGUAAUGGAAGUUGAAGAGGUGAAGAUGGUGCUCAAGCUCAUCCCUAUUUGGUCUACAUGUAUCCUCUUUUGGACAGUCUAUUCUCAGAUGACUACUUUCACCAUUGAGCAGGCGACCUUCAUGAACCGAAAGGUUGGCUCCCUGCUUAUUCCUUCUGGUUCGUUUUCUGCCUUUCUCUUCAUCACUAUUCUUCUAUUUACAUCCCUCAAUGAAAGGCUCUUCGUGCCCCUGUCUCGAAAGCUCACUCACAACACCCAAGGACUCACAAGUCUUCAAAGGAUUGGUAUUGGACUCAUUUUUUCAGUAGCUGCAAUGGUGGCAGCUGCUGUUAUUGAGAACGCGAGGAGGGAAAUUGCUGUUCGACAUAAUUCCCAGAUAAGUGCUUUCUGGUUAGUCCCCCAAUUCUUCCUGGUGGGUGCUGGGGAAGCUUUUGUUUACGUUGGACAACUUGAAUUUUUCAUCAGAGAGGCACCUGAGAGGAUGAAAUCAAUGAGCACAGGGCUUUUCCUAAGCACACUCUCUAUGGGUUUCUUUGUUAGUAGUUUGUUAGUGUCAAUAGUUGACAAAGUGACCAAGAAAACAUGGCUCACGAGCAACUUGAACAAGGGAAGGUUAAAUAACUUCUAUUGGUUGCUUGCAGUGCUAGGAACAUUGAACUUUUUUGUUUUCCUUGUGUUUUCAAUAAGACACCAAUACAAAGUUCGUCUUACACCUGGUGACUCUGGUGAAAAGGAGCUUAAAACUUUCAACGAUUUGAUUGCUGCAGAGACGGAGAAGAAGGUCAGUGAUGGAAAAGAGGGGCCUCCUGUUUAGUGCUCUCAAGUGCCUUUCCAUUAUUAUUUCAAUCUAUAUAUUCAUAUUUUGCUAUCAAUGUACCACAUGUUUAUUCUACUGAUAAGUUCAGUGCUCAAUUUGGAAAAAAACCUAUGCUUGUUGAAUCCCA